AUGUUCUCACAACUCUCCUCAUGGCUCCCUGUGAGCCUCCCCAGGCUGUGGCUGUGGGCAUCUUCCCUGGUCCUGACCCUGGGCCUGUUCCAACUGACCCGACUCCUGUCCAGGAGGCAGAAGCUUCUUCAAGGCCUAAAGAGCUUCCCUGGGCCACCCACUCACUGGCUCUUUGGGCAUGCCAAGGAGAUGAAGGAAGACGGAGAAUUGGACAAAGUUCUGUCAUGGUCCAACAUUUACCCCUGUGCACACCAACUGUGGAUGGGGAAGUUUCUUGGUUUCCUGAAUAUCUAUGAUCCUGACUACACCAAGGCUGUGUACAGUCGAGGAGAUCCCAAGGCCUUUGACGUAUAUGGUUUCUUCUUACCAUGGAUUGGCAUGGGCCUACUGGUCUUGGAUGGGCCCAAGUGGUUUCAGCACCGGAAACUGCUCACCCCUGCCUUUCACUCAGAGGUCCUAAAACCAUAUGUGGACCUGUUUGUGGAGUCUACCAAAGCUAUGCUGAACAAAUGGGAGAAGAAGAUUCAGAAAGACAAGUGUGUGAAUAUCUUCCCAGAUGUGGGUCACAUGGCUCUGGACAGUUUGAUGAAAUGUAUCUUUGGAAGGAGCAGUAGGAGCCAGACACAGAGUGACACCAGAUAUUAUCAGGCCAUCGGGGAACUCACCUUGUUGAUGCAAGAGCGAAUGGCAGCCUUCCAGUAUCACAACGACUUCUUCUACUACUGGUUUACGCUUCAUGGCCGAAAGUUCCUUCAGGCCUGCAAGGUUGCUCAUGACUACACUGGCCAGGUGAUUAGGGCCAAAAAGGCUGCGCUGAAGGAGGAGGAGGAGCAGGAAAAGAUUCAAGAGAAGAAACGCCUGGAUUUCCUGGACAUUCUUCUUGGGGCUGUAGAUGAGAGCAAGACCAACUUGUCAGAUGCAGACCUACGGGCUGAGGUGGACACAUUCAUGUUUGAAGGUCAUGACACCACCACCAGUGGCAUCUCCUGGUUCCUGUACUGCAUGGCCCUCCACCCAGAGCACCAACAGCGAUGCCGGGAAGAGGUCCAGGACAUCUUGGGAAAUCGUGACACUGUCCAGUGGGAAGACCUGGGGAAAAUGACUUACCUUACCAUGUGCAUCAAGGAGAGUUUCCGCCUAUAUCCUCCAGUGCCCCAGGUUUAUCGGCAGCUCAACAAGCCUGUUACCUUCAUGGAUGGGAAGUCGCUACCUGAAGGCAGCCUGGUCUCUCUCCACAUCUAUGCCCUGCACAGGAACCCAACCGUCUGGGACAAGCCUGAGGUGUUUGACCCCCAGCGCUUCUCUCCAGAGAAUUCCUCUACUCGUCACCCCUAUGCAUUCAUUCCCUUCUCAGCUGGGCCCAGGAACUGCAUUGGGCAGCAGUUUGCCAUGACAGAGAUGAAGACAGUCAUAGCCCUCUGCCUCCUUCACUUUGAGUUUUCUCUGGAGCCCUCCAGGAUGCCCAUCAAACAGCUUCAGCUUAUCCUACGCUCUAAGAAUGGCAUCCACCUUAACUUGAAGAAGCUGAUCUAGGAGGGAGCAGAGCCUGGAGCUCUGUCUUGUGCAUGGUGGGGGAUGGGGUGGGACAGCGGUGGUGGUGGUAAAGUGAGUUUGCUGAUGCAGACUGAACAUGGCUCUGGCCUCCUGGGAGCUUAGAAUCUGGUACAGGAAUGAAGAUAGACACAGGCCCUAGGGUGUUGAUUUUUCUCUCUAGUUGGACACAAGCAUAUAGCUAUAUGUGCAAGCAAUUGUUCUACCAGCAUAGGAACAUCUCAUAUCCUAACAUGUUGUAUCAGUUUGGAAGA